CAAUUUUAACUAAAUACAAAGUAAUAUUAAAUAAGAUUAAAAACUCAUUAAUAAUAUUAAUCCUGUUGAUGGCAACCAUGAAAUUGUUAUAAAACUAAACAAAAAAAUACAUACAAGUAUUGUGAGUUUAACAUAAAAAUGGUUAAUAAACAAGAAUCUGUUUUGGCUGCCAUAACAUUUUUUGCAAAAAUUCAUCCGGGUGAAGUUUGUGGCAGCAAUGGUUUACCAUUGACACCCAACUCAAUAUCAAUUCUAGGAAGAUCCCAAAAGCUUAAACAAUUAGAACAUCCGAAUUUAUGUCAAUAUUUGGAUGUGGUUAGAGGAAAACAUGAAAGAACUAUUGUGGUCUCCGAAUACCGCGGCUCUACUUUACAAGAUAAAAGUAAAAGUUCUCUUAACUUAUCUCUAAUAUUAAGAAUAUUUUUUCAAAUUGCCUCUGCUCUCAAAGAAUUAAAUGCCCAUAAGAUUGUGGCCCAUAAUUUGGAACCGAAAAAUAUACUUUUAGAUCAUUUAAAUAACAUAAAAUUAUUCAACUAUGGUUUGUACUACAUGACCAAGGGUGGUGAAUAUGUCGCAUUUCCCAUAGGCAACAUAAAAUAUAUGCCUCCGGAACGUUUGCUAGGUUCCCGGAAUAAUAUUAAAAGUGAUAUCUGGUCCUUAGGCAUGAUUAUAGCUGAACUGCUGUUGAAAUCAUCAUUUUGGCCAAAUUUAAAAAUAUCUGCUAUAUCUCGAAAAAUCUUCUCAUUUUGUCAAUCUAAUAAUGUUUUUGAAAAAAUCGCUAGGGAACACGAUAAACUAGAAGUCUAUCAACAAUUGGACAGUGAUGUACGUGAUUUAAUAGAACAAUGUUUAGCUGUUAAACCAUCCGAAAGACCAUUGCCAGAGCAAUUAAUAAAUAGUUCCAUAUUUAACAAGAAUCUCAAUUUGUAUCAAUGCACCCCAGUGGAAAAAUCUCCCAUACUUUUAUUACGUAUGCCGUUAGAACAAAUCUAUUAUUGGUGGCAACUGGCCGGCGGCGAUGUUCAAUCGGAACUGAAAAAAGAGGGUCUCAUACGUAGUGAGGCUCCCAUAUUAUCUAUACCACAAGUUGUUUGCCUUAAUGGUUCUAUCGUUGGUCCUAAACGCAGCCAAUCGUAUUUAAUGGAUGAUCGUGUUGUCAUUUUAAAGUUACAAAAUCUUAUAGAACGUUUACGCAGAAUACCCGCUAUGGCUUAUUAUCCUUUAAUACAUUCCCCGAAAUUUCCUUAUAAUUUUGGUUUAGGUAUGGAUCAAUUGCCUUUGGUUAUACGUGAAAAAGAUAUUGAAUAUCAAUUUUAUAGAGUUAGAUUGUUUUCGAGAUUAUUAAAGGGUUAUCCUCAUACGGCGGAUCUAAUACGCAAAGAAGCCAGCAUUGAUAUACCGCCUUUAUUAAGGGGUCCUAUAUGGGCUUGUCUUUUGGAUGUCAUACCUAACGGAAGUUAUGAAAAAAUUGAUAAAUUUACACCCACCUCAACCGAUCGUCAGAUUGAAGUCGAUAUACCACGUUGUCAUCAGUACGAUGAACUGCUAUCCUCACCAGAGGGUCACAACAAACUGAAAAGGCUUUUAAAAGCCUGGGUAACAGCCCAUCCGCACUACGUCUACUGGCAAGGAUUGGAUUCUCUAACAGCACCGUUUCUCUACUUAAAUUUCAAUAAUGAAGAAUUAGCAUUUCACAGUGUUUACAAAUUUAUACCGAAAUAUUUACAAUGGUUUUUCCUCAAGGACAAUUCAGCCAUUAUAAAAGAGUAUUUGAGUAAAUUUUCGCAAUUAACUGCUUUUCAUGAACCCAUGUUGGCACAGCAUUUAGCAAAUAUUAACUUUAUACCAGAACUAUUUGCUAUACCCUGGUUUUUAACAAUGUUUUCACAUGUUUUCCCUUUACAUAAAAUUUUACAUUUAUGGGAUAAAUUAAUGCUGGGCGAUAAUUCGUAUCCCUUAUAUAUUGGCAUUUCUAUAUUAAAACAAUUAAAAUCUACUUUACUGGCUUCGGGUUUCAAUGAGUGCAUUUUAUUGUUUUCCGAUUUACCCGAUAUUGUUAUGGAGAAUUGUGUGGUUGAAUCGCAAAAAAUGUACGAGUCUACACCGAAAAGUGUAUCCCACCGAUUUCAUGUUUUAAGAGACCAAGAACUGGGACCAUUUGAUAUUACCACUGAUGUCACUUUGGCUCAUUUACAAAAGGAAAUGUGUCCACGUAUUAGUGCUAACGAUUUGACGGAACUAUUAAGACAUCAACCUUUGGAAUUACUAUGUUUGGAUAUACGAUCAACUUCUGAUUAUAAUCGUGUUCAUUUACCGCAUAGCAUUAAUAUACCGUACAAUAAUUUACAAUUGGAGGAUAAAUCUCUGGAUUGCCUGAAUGUGCCACAAUUGGAGGAAAAGCUAUUAAAUCGUAUUAUUAUUUGUAUAAGCAAUAUACAUGAAAAUGCUGUUGUGUUUUCAAAGUUUUUGGUUGAAUGUGGCGUACCGCGUGUUUGUGUUUUGCAUCAAGGUUUUAAUAUUUUACAUUCUAUAGAGCCCAAUAUUUUAGUAUCUAAUUGAUAAAUUAAAUUCAUUAAUUAAUAGUUUAAUUCAUAUU